UUACCAACUUGCUUUAUUUAAGUCAACUCUUCUGUCUGUCAAUGUCAUUCACAUCAUACGUAAAUAUUUUAUUCUUCUUCGUACCUUAUUUUAUAACUCAAACUUAGCUCUCUCUCUCUCAUUCUCAUAUCCCCCCACAUGCUCUUGCCAUGGCUCUAGAUCACAAACAACCCACCACCACCACCACCACCAUGACAACAUGGCAGCCCCGCCGCAAGGUCUCCCUCUUCAGACGGCGGAAGGUUCAAACGGUGAGGCUAGGCAGCAAGAAACCACGACGGAGAAUAAUUGGUGGCAUAGUUAGAAUGUUUAAAAGGAUGCGUGUAAAGUGGCUUAAGUUACAAUAUCUUAGGUUGUUAAAACGGCUUAAGGAACAUUAUAGAAACGUUGUGAAAGAUCUCAUUGAAGCUGGUGCUACCAUUGAAACUUUUCAACAACGCCUUUUUAUGGAAAGCACUUUUGCUGUCCCUCUUGGUGUUAACUUAUCUACUUAUCCUUCUCGUUUUGGUUCAGAUUAUCCACGAACUCUAUUCAUGUAAAUUACUAUCAAGUACUUUUUUUUUUUUUCCUUUCUAUAUAAUAUAUGCAUGUAUAUAAGAAGAAAAGGAAAUAUUCAAUUCCUUAUUUUCUUUUCUUUUUUUUAUUAUAAUAUGUAAAAUUUUCCUUUUCUUGCUUUUGUUUUUUCUCCCCAUAUGAUUUUAUUUUUAGUGAAAUUGUGAGGGAGUUAUUUUAAGGGGAUGAAAAAACUAUGAAUGCUCUUGUUUAUUA